UCGGGGGAAAUUGGCCUUCCUAUUCCUUCCUGCGUGUUUUUUAUUAGAUAUUUAUUAUAGGACUUUCUAGGGAUCCUGUCGUGGUUCUUGAUCUUGCCGCCUUGUGAAAGCUACCAGUGCUGAAAUCUCAGACUUUAAUUCUUUUUGACAAAAUCCCCCAGAGGCACGUUUAUAGCCGUAAUUCAGAUGCUAGUGUCCCCAUCUUGUUGUAUUAAAAAACUAGUUCCCCAAAAUUCUACUACUGGUGAAGAGGGUCAGAAGUACUGUUUUUCAAGAUGAGCUGCCUGGCGUGUGUAACUACACGGUUACCUCUUGAAACUGACUGUUGAACUAAAUAUGAGCGUAAAAGGAUCCACACUUCUGCUUGUCAUGCAGAAAAUGAGAUGUAGAACUAUUCUAAAUGUUCUAAAUACGAAUGAGCAUCAGUGUAAAAUACCACGGACAGUACUGAGGAAACAUGACACAGCACGUCUGGACAGUCUUACCUUCUAAUAAUGAUGGAUCUUGCUAUCGGAAAAUAUUCCUUUAAUAUACUGCGGACAGUUACCAACAGCGUUAGCCUAAGUUCAAUCCAGUGGCUCGGAUUACCUCUUCAUGCAGUGCCAGUCAAGGAUGAAGGGGUGACUGUCAAACGUGCCGAUGUACUAUAAGGUCUGACGUCAUCUUCUAAAGAUAAUUUCAAGCGGGACAGAGGCCCGUGAACUUAGUGUAUCAAGUCCGUAAUGUACUACAGUAACACAGAUUACCAGAAGUCGUGCUCGAAGCGCUAGUACACCAACUUCAGGUAAGGGUUCAAGUCUUCCGGCUUUUAUAGGCCCGACGCCUUCUAGCAAAUUACAGUAAACCCAAUUUGGGUAAAUAUGUGUGUCGACGACAGGGAAAUCGACGGUGAUGGGCCGGAAAAUGGGCCUUUCACGAGAAGUGCCAGUCGCCGCAAUACGUGAAGAGAGCCUGGGCCUUUAUCUCCACCAAAACGUCAAUUUCUGGAGAUUUGCUUGGUUUCGAGAUGUAUUGCCACACUUGUCGGCAUGUGUAUUGCCACAUGCCGACAAUUUUAGUCACUGUAAAGUUUCGCGCUCAAUGAUGGGGGGGCUACAAAUACAAUGUCAUUUUAGAAACUAUAUAGGCCUACUAUAAAAUGAGAUGUUUAAUGUUAAUGACAAUCACACUCGAUCCAUUUCAAAAUGAAAUCCGAAAACCAUACAAGUUCACUUCUCAAGUAUACAAAGCGUCGAGUCUUAGUAUACCCGUAAAAUUGCCACUUAUCAGUGAAAGUUAUGGUUCGACGUUUGAGACGCUCGAUAAUUUUAUGUGAUCUUACUGAAUUCUGGGAAGAAUCUAAGCCUAUGUGAACCCCCAUUCCAAACCAAUCGGAUGUGCCCCUUUAAUUUAACGGGGUCAUGCGUCUAUGGGCUGUGUUUCCCGUGUCAGCUCUGUGUUUCCUGAAGGGAAUUUCCAGCAUGCACUUUCAUUGCACAUGAUCAGGUUACUUUAUGUUUUCUCUACGAUGAACGACAACUACAUGUUUCAGUAUCGGGUCACUCCUGCCCUGCAAUAAAGCUUGCGUUAGGUCACCAGUGAAUCUGUACAUGGACGAUGGAGGAAGCUUGAAGCAACGAACGUGUAUAUGACCAUGUAUAAAUUAUAAUAAGCGUGACUCUUUUGAUCAAACAAAAUCAACUUGAGUUCGGAUCGCUGCACGCGCUCGGCGGGCCCGUCCACGUGUCGCACGUAAAGCGCAUGGAUUGUGUAUGUGUUCGGUCUGUUUUAAAUACAUGUAUUACGAUGUACCUGUAAUUUAUGGGAUUCUUUCCAUAUUUUUGUUGCUGAUUGUGGGGGGCUUAAGUUUAACUGCACGGUGAUGAGUUCCUUGCUCUAUGGUCUAAACUAAACACGGCAGAGGCUGUAUAAACAUGUAUAUCAUCUGCUUCCUUGCUCUAUAUAUCGCAGAAUCUAUAAUAAUGAUCUGCCAGAGGUGACACUGGUAACGAAACUUUCUCCAAUGUAGAGGAUGGGAGGUUAAUCAGCCAGCUUGGAUGCUAUACCACAAGGAAUGUGAUUAUCAACGUCUUGAGGUUGCCAUGGAUGUUAAUUUUUCAACCUAUCUCUCUGGUUUUAAUGGGUUUGGUGGCAGUUUUAACCUUCAAGUGUUGGCCAAUGACAUAGGCUUACACCAAGAGUACAGGAAGGCACUGAGGAGCGGCUCGCUGCCCUGCAAUCGACUAAGGAUCCUCACCAUUGGCGAUAAAGGUGUUGGCAAGUCUAGCACCCUGAAGUACCUGUGUGGAGAGGUGUGUGACCCAAAUGCUGAGCUGCAGGCAACAGAAGGAACUGACAUCACCAUAGGCGAGACCUGUGAGCAGGAACCGAACUGGAAACAUUGCAAUACCGGUGUCUGCAAAUCGGCUGAUGACCCAGGCCUAUGUGCUGCUUGGUGUGUCUGCAAGGGCAUUGAUAUUAUGGGGGGUGUUCUGAAUAGUGUCAAAGAUGACACUUUAUCUGAGGAUGAGCACGGUGUUCUCAUAAAAUCUCCACAAAGUCGUGGCCACAACCAAGAUAGGGGAACAACUGAGAGGGACGUCGGAAAAGCAUUUCAGAGGAUGCCCGUAAGGAUGACCAGCAACAGCUCCAAUGCUUGCGCCAGUGGCUGUUCAUGGUGAAGGCUCAUUCCAAGAAUCCAAACACUCUGGUUUUUGUCAUUGGCACUCACCGGGACAGCGUCGAGAUUGACUUCAUCACAAACUUUGGUUCCCAGAUUGAUGACCAACUCUACAAUGACUUCUGUAGUAUAUUGGCUAUC